AUGACGCUCCGCAACGCGUCGGGCAAGUUCUCCCUCCCCUUUGGUCGCAAGGCCAGCUCCACCAACCCCCAGGUCGACACCACCAUCUCCCCACCAGAGUCUCGCGUGACCUCGGGAACAUACCCAACCGGGGUCGGAUCGGGCGGGGGUGGCGACAAUGACAGCCUGCAUUCGCCGCGCGGCACAUCCCACUUCUCUAUUGGGGGUACCAGCGGCGGCGGCGGCACCAGCAGCGCCGAUGGCGGCGGCCCCAACCGUCUCGACGGUAUCGGUCGCAAGCUUGGCAAAAGCCUCGCACACACCAGCCUCAUCCCCGCACUGGGAAACCAGGACUUGAGGCUCUUGCAAGAUGUGAUCUCGUCGGAGAAGGGCGUCAUGACCUCUGCCGAAAAGCUCGCCGUCGACAUGCAGACCGCGGCCACCAAGCUGCAGCCUUACGGUACUGCAGAGGGCGACGACCUCCGCGACGUCCUCACGCACAGCGGCACUCUCCUCAACCAGCUCUCUAUUGCGCUCCGCACGUUUGCCCAACACGAGGCGUCGCUGCGUACCUGCUUCAAGCGUGCCGAAUCUGCAGAGCGCAAGCUCGCCAAGAUGGGUCCCGAGAACAAGCAGCUCCUGUCCCAAACCGAGCUGCUCGAGUCUCUCCGUCACCAGAUGCGCCAGCUCGACUCGGACAUUGUCAACGAGGAGGCCAAGCUCGGCGACUAUAAGCGCCAAGCAAUCAAGGAGGCCCUGUCGUUCAAGUUUGGCGGUCUCGAAGAGCUCGGCGAGAAGAUGUGCAUCAUUGGCGAGUUGGGCAAGCUCCUUCUCGAGGAGAUUCCUCUCGAGGAGACCCCUCCAGGAUACGGUCGCGCGCCAUACACUGCCCAAGACCGCACCGAGAACACUGUCACCGAGGCCGUGAAAUGUCUCGCUACUGUCCAGUUCCAUGCUGGCUCGGCCGCGCCUAAGCCCCCCGGUCUUCCUCGCUUCAGCGAGUCUGGCUCGCUCGGUGGCAACUCGUUCGCCCCUGGUGACCGCGGAUCGCACAGCGUUGCCGACCACGAGGCAUACGAGAACCUCCCUGGGAUUCCCACCUCGCCCCCUACCCUGGACGUCAACCUCCCUAGGGGCGCUGCUGGUACCGCCAGCGGCGACGCGGCCUAUGGCGGUAUCGAGGACAGGUACAACUACAACGAGUUUGGCGCUUCAAAGUCCCCACCUGCUGGUAACAAUGUCAUGUGGCAAGGGCCCACCGACGAACAGCUCAACACCCACGACUACGAGUAUGAGCAGCAGCGCCAGAUGGAUGAGGCCGCGGCUGCCACAGCUGCCGCCGAGGCUUCGGGUGCCGCGCACAACCCCGGUUGGCAGCCGCUCCGCGUCUCGCAGCACGAGCGCUCGGCGACCGGCACCAGCCUUAGCGACGGACCUAUCCAGAGCCACCAGUCUCGCCCGCCCCUGGGCCUCAAUGAGGACGCGUUCGAACCCUUGUCGUCUGACUCGUGGCUUGCGCCUGCCGAUCCUCAUGCCCAGCGGCCCCACAGCUCCAACUCGGGCUACUUUACACCUGACGAGGACCAAGGCAACAACCCGCGUAAGGCUUCGGUCCCGUCCGACGUGCGCGAGUCGAUCCAGGUCACAACCCCGCCCAUUCUCCAGAACAGCCCACCGCAGUCUCCUCCCAGCGCAAUCAUCCCUCCUAUCCCGACCGUGUCAUUCGAGGACCCCAGCCAUGAGACUAGCCAUGAGACGCCCCGCGGCAUGGCGUCCACCUUGCCAGCGGCAGGCGGCUAUGUGCCUCCCCUUGCACCUCCCAUGCUCUCGCCCAACUCGGAACACUUUGACCGCUCCGUCUCCAACGAGCACGAGUCAUUCUACGCGCCCGACACUAAUAAUCCUCGUAUCAGCACAUCUACCUUCAACGUCCCUCACGAGGUUCCCCGCGACGUGCGCGACUCCAUGCCCGCCUCGGUGAACAGCGGGCGCGACUCGUUUGCAACCUACCGCGAGUCGUACGCCACCUUCAACCCGCGUGACAGUGUGCAGUCGGCCGUAGACGAUGCUGUUGUCGUUACCAUCCCCGCCGAGCCGCUGCGUACCGCCACCCCGACGUUGCACACACGCAUGCAGUCCAGCCACCAGUCGCAAGACUCGAACGCCUCUAUCGCCACCAUCCAGGGUGCCGGGACCAGCAACGGAGGCGCCGGACCCACCAUCUCGGCAGCCGCGUUCAGGCGUACCAACCGCCGCGAGCGGCCGAGUGUCAGCCAUGACUCGAUGUCGGAUGACGGUAGCGGUAGCUUUGGCCACGACGCGGCUGGUGGCGCAGCAGCCGGUGGCCCGCGUCGCCUUCCGCAAGCCCCUUCGUCCGGUACCGACUCGCCCGUUACCUCGUCUUUCAUCACCGAGCAGCAUGGCUACGAAAACCCCCCGCCUAGCUAUGACGAUGACACUGGAGCCCUCCGUUAA